AUGCCAGAAAAGCUGAAUGUCAUAGCUUUAAUAUCAGGCGGAAAGGAUUCACUCUACACUACCCUCCACUGCCUGAAGAAUGGACACAAAGUCGUUGCGCUUGCAAAUUUAUACCCCCCACCACGCCCAGGAAGACCCGGAGCAAAAGGUGACGAAGCUGAGGAAGAUGAAGACCUAGACAGCUACAUGUACCAAACCGUCGGCUAUAGUAUGAUUCCUCUUUACGAAUCAGCUCUGGAUAUCCCUUUAUUUCGAGAAGAGAUACGCGGGAGUGCCAUUGAUACCUCGCGAGACUAUUAUUAUCGACCCGACCCAAACAUAGGGGACGGAACUGAUCAGGCCCAGAACAACGAAAAGGGACAAGAUGAAACGGAAUCUAUCUACCGGCUGCUUCGACGAGUUAUGGAUGCCCAUCCGGAGGCAAAUUCUGUCUGUGCAGGUGCCGUCUUGUCUACGUAUCAGAGAACAAGGAUCGAAAACGUCGCAUUACGGUUAAACCUCAUUCCGCUUGCAUGGCUGUGGAUGUAUCCGUAUCUUCCCCCACCAGUACAGCGUGGGAAUUAUGAUGCUGGCCCCUGCGCUACAGCUUCUAGAGUACCUGUUACAGGACUGCUGGAUGAUAUGGCUGCAUGUGGAUGUGAAGCGAGGAUAAUAAAAGUAGCAAGCGGAGGACUGGAUGAAGAUAAUCUAUGGGGAGACCUUGCAAGUAAGGAUGGAGCAGUGAGGAGAUCUAUGGUAAAGAAAUUGGGACGAUUCUUGGAAGAAGGAGUCGAAGCUGCUGUGUUGGGUGAAGGAGGGGAAUACGAGAGCCUUGCCCUGGAUGGCCCACAGGUUUUAUGGAAGAGGAAGAUCCAAGUCGAUUCUGUGGAGAGCAAGGUGGGAGAAGCAGGUGUGGCCUUUUUAACUAUUCGGGGUGCUAGGUGUGUCGAGAAGGAGGCUGUUCCGGAGAAUGGAGAUAAACCAACCUUGGAUGAUGUGAGAGUACCUCGGAUUUUCGAUGACGAGUUUAAACGGGUUCUCGAUGCCACGAAAGUGCAUUGUGUGAAGCAGGAUCCAUCGCCAUUUCAGAGACAGAUAACAAAAAAGUAUGAGGGAGCUGCCGUAUACUCCAAGGGGACUGGGGUAUGCUUGAAUGUCUAUAACAUCACUGCACCCGAAGCAGGGAAUGGAGCUUCCAAGCAAAUGGAAGGAAUCAAAGACAAACUGGCAACCCUCCUGAGUUCUCAAAAGAAGGUGGAUGGGCAAGCACUGACUGCCGAUGAUGCUAUUUAUGCCACGAUUUUGCUCCGAUCAAUGGGUGAUUUUGCGCCGGUUAACACAAUAUAUUCAAAGUUAUUCACCUUGCCAAACCCUCCGGCAAGGGCGACUGUGGCAUGCGGCGACAGUUUACCUAUUGGAGUUGAUAUCAUGGUAUCCUUUACUUUAUAUUUAGGUGAAAGGUCCCUCCGACAGGCACUUCACGUCCAAUCUCGGUCCUACUGGGCUCCGGCAAAUAUAGGGCCUUAUUCCCAGGCUGUAUAUGCUCCGGUGCAGUCUAAUUCUGGGGCUAUGCAAACGGGAGGAUUUGUUUAUAUUGCCGGCCAAAUACCGCUGAUGCCUAGCUCGAUGCAAAUAUUCCCCCCGUCUGAAGAGACGGAAGGCCCCCUAACAACCUUCUCUUCUCAGGCUGUUCUAUCUCUACAGCAUUUAUGGCGAAUAGGGAAGGCUAUGGAAGUAAAAUGGUGGAUGGGGGCCGUGGUAUUCCUUUCCACCGGGGACGAGGUACGGUCCAAGGCUGCUGCUGCCUGGACUAUAUGGGAACAGAUGAAUGAGGACCGCAGCACUGAAGAUCUGGAAGAUGACGAUGAUUCCUCCAACUUUGAUGUCUGGAAUAUGAAAUACGGACGACAAUAUGGCCAACCAAAGACAGAGGUCACCACACGCCCACUGCCCGAUUUUAAUAUCGUCAAGGGGAAGCUGACUAUACCGUCCUUCUUCGCUGUCGAGGUUGAUGAGCUACCUCGAGGAAGUAGCAUCGAAUGGCAAGGUCUUGGACUAAAGGCAAGCAGCAUUGCUUUAGUUUACGAUCAGGUCGACGAGCUACAGAUCAUGCACGCAUCCGGCCCCGACUUUGGAAGCUAUACAUCUAUAGCUAUCACGGCGAAACCCGACAUCGAUUUCAGAGCCUCCAUGCAAAAAGCACGGCGGAUUGCCGCGGAUAAGCUGUCCCAAGGAAGUACCUUUUCCCAUAUGGCUAUUUAUACACCGUACGCCGCGGAGCUUGAUGUCUGGGACGGGCAGUCAUCCGAGUGGACUAAAUUUGGUGAGCGAAAAUACCUGCUUAUCGGUGUAUGGGUGAAGAAUGGAAGCAAGCCGUCCCCAUCCGGCCUACUUCGGAACCGUUUUGAGCAAAAUCUACAGCUCCUCUAUGAUGGGAUGGCAACCCAUGAGCUCACGAACGAGGGCGAGCCAGAAUGCCCAUCAGCUAUAGAAAUUGCGCAGGAAGCCCGGUCUCAUCGCCUCCCUCAACGAUCGCCGCAUCCGUAUCACCGAUGGAACCAGGAUAACGCGACCACGUCGACGACCGAUUCGGGGGAGAGCCUUUAUGCGUGGAGGAAGCCGUUCAAGACACCAAGUGACAGUGGGACGGAGGCGGACGAUGAGGCAAAUGGCGUUUUGAAGCGACUGCCUGCGCCGCCGGUGAGCCGGAGGAUAGAAUAUCGGUUCAAACGAGGCGAUGGCGAGGAGGUUAUCACGGAGCGAAAGGGACAUGGAAAUCUAGCCGUCUCCCGGCGUUCUAAGAAACGCAGAGCUGGGACUCCGGAUACAGAGGAGCUGGAAUUUCAUAUAUCGAUUGGGGCAAGACUUAGGAUUGAAGUGUUGCGACGUAUUUGCGAAACUGGACUUAUACUUGGUGUUGCAUUUACGGUGAUGUUACGGCGUGGUGUCCGCUCGGUGGUAAAAGCCUGGUUAAUAGGGCCGUCCUGUGGUGGUCUUGUCUUACUGAAUAUUAUUUUGAGUCUCUCCUCGUUACCUGCAGCAACUAUCCCUCUCUACGACUUUGGAAGCUACAGUGCGAUGCACUGGCUGAUCACCGCCACCCCACUCCUCAUCUCAGAGAGCCUACCAUGCCAUAGCCUUAAACAAUCCAUGUUGGAGCUUGGGCUUGAACCAGAGCUUCUGAUACUGAUCUUCCCCCUUCAAAAAUCAACAAUCUCGAUUGUCGAAUACCUUGUUACUUCAAGUUUAUUGCCGACAGAAGUACAGCUGCUGGGGACUGCAUUGAUCAACGUGCUACUUGUUUCCCAGUCCCCACAGGCGCAGAUCCUCAAGGCCCUGGUCUGGCUAGGCGGACUUUGCAUCUUCGUUACAUGCAAGCACAUGUUGCUGUGGGAGGUGACUUUGGCAAGGAUCCCGUCAUGGAAAUUCCGUCGAGCAUCAAUUCAAACGACUGACGACGAACAUAUAUUGAGUGCCAUAGAUCGUCAGGUUUGCCAUACCCUAAGCCAUCCCUUUUCCGCAGACCAGGCAUCUGAGAGCGAAUCUCAAGUGGAUGUGGCUAGAACGAGAGGCCGUCGAGCUAGCGUUCUAUAUAAUAACUUUACGAAACUUAUGACGGCGGAGGUAGAUCUCGACAAGAGAAUCUUUAAGCGAUCUGGUUCGACUCAACAGUCCGUUUCGAUGGUGGAAAACGACACCAAAAACGAAGGGAGUAUGGAUAGCGUGGACGACCGAACACAGCUUUCUAGGACGAGCAGUCAACACAUUCAGUUUUCUAGCAAAGCAGGAGGGACGACGCCCAUCCGAAGAACGACUACGAAAGGUGGCCGACGCAAACGAAUGAUCCCACCAAGCAUGCGAGCGUUUCUCUCCCUCACGACGGAGCAAGCCACCAUUCGAAAAUGGGCGUAUGCGGCGUAUUCUUAUGUUAUGGUUAUCCUGAUAAUCAUGGUCCCGGUACGGUGGUAUGUGGGCAACUAUGCCCUUGGUGGGCGGGAGCCGUUCGGCUGGGCGGUAGGGUACCUGUUCGGGAACAUCCCGUCCCUCAGAUUCACGCUGCUUCUGUGGGGUAUGGAGGUUUGGGCCUGCAUCCCGCCACGGACAUACGACAGUUCGGCAUCCUGUCAUCUGGGCUGGGUAGAGCAUCUCCGCCGCGACACCGUUGGUGAAGCGAACACCCGACUAUUCCUGUGCGGCUAUUGCAUACUUAUGCUAGUUUUCGGGCUGUCGUUGGUGUCCCGGCUCUCCCGCGUCGUCGAGGUUGACACACGCCGAAAGAUCUUCCACGGCAUGAUGGUUGCCAUGUUUUUCCCGACGGUCUUCAUCGACCCGGCCUUUGUGGCUCUGUCGUGUUCGCUCGUCCUUGCGAUCUUCCUCCUCCUCGAGCUCUUCCGUGCGUCCCAAGUGCCGCCGCUGGCUCGAGAGCUGUCGUCCUUCCUCGCACCGUACGUCGAUGGCCGUGACCAUCGUGGACCCGUGAUUGUCUCUCAUAUCUUCCUCAUGCUGGGCUGUGCUCUGCCCCUCCUGCUUAGCCUUGCUGGAACACCCCAUGUUGGCACAGCCCCGUGGGAAGGAUGGGAGGUUGAAAGUCGAGAUAUUAGCAUGGUUAGCGGGAUAGUCUGCGUUGGAAUGGGUGAUGCCGCAGCCUCCCUAGUUGGCCGACGAUAUGGCCAACGUCGGUGGUUCUGGGGUGGCGACAAGAGCAUCGAAGGGAGUCUUGCGUUUGCUGCGGCUGUGUUCGUCGGUCUGGUGACGGCGCGUAUCUGGCUGGUGGUCGGGGGGUGGGAGACUGAUGUACACUGGCUGUUGACGAUAGCAAAGUCUGCCUUUGCGGCAGUGGCAUCGAGCUUCAUGGAGGCCGUCUUGACGGGAGGUAAUGAUAAUGUGGUUGUCCCCCUGGUUCUAUGGUUGCUGGUGCGUGGUUUGCGGCUAUAA